CUUGGACCUUAGUAUUUAUUAAACCACAACCCCUUUACCAAACGAAGCAACAGCUUUUCCUGUUUUCUGUUCUCCAAAAUCACCAUUAUUUCAAUUGUUUUUACGCGAUGGAAGAAGUUGAAACUCCUCAGUAUUUUCUCUGUCCCAUUUCGUUUCAGAUCAUGGAGGACCCUGUGACAACCGUGACAGGCAUAACAUAUGACAGAGAGAGCAUAGAACAAUGGUUGCUGAAGGCAAAAGAGUGUGUGUGCCCUGUCACAAAACAACCAUUGUCAAGAAGCUUUCAAUACUUAACCCCUAAUCACACACUUCGGAGGCUAAUCCAAGCAUGGUCUUCAUCCAACACAGGUGUUGAAAGAGUUUCAACCACGAAAACCCCUUUAAACAUGAUCCAUGUUAAGAAGCUUGUGAAGGGUCUCGAUGCUCCUCGUGAUUAUUCUUUUCAAACCUCGUUGGAGAAGUUGCAUGCCUUGGCUUCACAAAGCGAGAGGAAUAGAAUUUGCAUGGCUGAGGCUGGUGUAGCCAAGGCUAUGGUCAAAGUUAUCAACCAGAAUUUCCAAAACAGAAACACCACUUGCAUGGAAGAGGCUUUGAGAGUUGUUCAUCUUCUUUGGAACACUGAUCACAACGGCAUGAGAACUCUAGUGGGGGAGAACUUUGACUUCAUCAACUCUUUGACUUGGAUUUUGCAACAUCAUUUGGAUAACAAGAAGAUGGUGAAUGAAGCAAUGACCCUCUUGAAGUUGACAAUUGAAGUUGCUGACUCAACUCUUUUAGGGAGUUUAAGCCUUGAAUUCUUCAAGGAAAUUGUGAGAGUAUUGAGAAAUAAGGCACUCUCUCAACAAGCCAUUAAAUCUGCGUUGCAUGUGCUUACACAAACUCUCCCUGUGGCUAGAAACAGAACUAAGAUCGUUGAAGCUGGUGCAGUCGCAGAACUCAUAGAGCUUGAGCUUGAGAAACCAGAGAAGAACAUCACAGAACUCAUAUUCAACCUUUUGGCACACCUUUGUUCUUGUGCUGAAGGAAGAGAACAGUUUCUGAGACAUGGCGCGGGCAUUGCGUUGGUUUCAAAGAGGGUUUUGAGGGUUUCUGCUGCCACUGAUGACAGAGCGAUUCAUGUGUUUUCUGUGAUUGCUAAGUUUUCUGCAUCAGAUGAGGUUGUUCUUGAGAUGUUGAGGGUUGGAGCAGUGUCAAAGCUUUGCAUGGUGAUGCAAGCAGAUUGUGCUUCUUAUUUGAAAGAGAAAGCAAGAGAAAUCCUUAGGUUACACUCCAAAGUUUGGAAUAAUUCUCCUUGUAUACAAGUUUAUUUGUUGACUAGGCACCAAAGGUGAUCAAUAUAAACCCCAGUUACCUUUUCUAGUUAAAUUUUGGUGAAGGGGUAAAAGAAAUUAUAUGAAGAUGUAAUAUUCUAAGAAUAUAUAAUUACAACAAAAUUUAGAUACAGUUUUGUUUAUUA